AUGUUGGAUCGCGAGUGAAGAAGGAAGAAGAGAGCGCUUUCUUUACACGUGAAAUUGAAUAGAAAUUGGGUUUUUGACUUGCAUCCACCACCCGCUUCUCGUCUAUCAGACACCAUCACUCGUCGCUUCUCUCUCUGAGACGGGCCGUCCUACGGCGGCGUCGGCAGCAGCAGCAAAGGGCACAAGAUGGUGGUGCUAGACUAUGAUACCUACUCCGACUCGCCCUUUUUCUACGAUGGCUCGGCCGCCAAUGGAUCUGGGCAGGCGGUCUUGCAAGACGCGGCACGGAUGCAGCCCCAUUCCAGUCCGAGGGUGUCCUACUACUUUCCAAAGGGUGUCGGAGAGUACCACUAUGGCGAGCGACAUCCCAUGAAGCCUGCGCGCUUGACGCUCACCAAUCGCCUCGUGCUCGGCUACGGCCUUCACGAGCGCAUGAAGUGUUACACGCCGCGGUGGGCCACACGCGAAGAGCUCGAGAUGUUUCACGAUGGCGACUACGUCGAGUUCCUCAGCUCCGUCACGCCCUCUACGCCUCCGUCGUCGGCCUUCACCCGCUUCAAUUUUGCAGACGACUGUCCGGUCUUUGAUGGCAUGUACGAAUUCUGCCGGGCCUACUCGGGUGGAUCACUGGCUGGUGCUCGCAAAUUGACGAGCGGCUCGACCGAUAUUGCCAUCAACUGGUCGGGUGGGUUGCAUCACGCCAAGAAGUUUGAAGCGAGUGGCUUCUGCUAUGUCAACGACAUCGUGCUGGCCAUCAUGGAGCUUCUCCGAUACCAUCCACGCGUUCUCUACAUCGACAUUGACAUCCACCACGGCGAUGGCGUCCAGGAAGCCUUUUACAACUCGAACCGCGUCCUCACCGUCUCGUUUCACAAGUACGGCAACGACUUCUUCCCCUGCACGGGCGCCCUCGGCGAAGUAGGGACAUCUUUGGGCAAACACUUUUGCCUCAAUGUGCCCCUCCAGGACGGCAUCGAUGACGGCGCCUACGUCUCCCUGUUCAAAGCGGUCAUUGAGCCGUGCAUCUCGACUUUUCGACCCGAGUCGAUUGUGCUGCAGUGCGGUGCAGACAGCCUGGGACUCGAUAGGCUCGGCUGUUUCAACCUGAGCAUCGCUGCGCACGGCGAGUGCGUCCGCUUUGUCAAGUCCUUUGGCCUGCCGCUCCUUGUCCUUGGCGGGGGAGGCUACACGAUUCGAAAUGUAGCGAGGUGCUGGACGUACGAAACGGCCGUCUUGACGGGCUGCAACGUCGCCGACCAGCUCCCACCCACACCCUACAUGGAUUACUUUGCGCCGACCUACCGUCUUCACGAGCCUUUGCAGGCGCGCGUCGAAAACAACAAUAGCAGAGCGAGCUUGGAAAAGAUCCGGAGAGAGUGUCUCGAACAGCUACGUUACCUCCACGGAGCGCCAAGCGUGCAGAUGCACGAGCUCCCGCCCGACAUGCACGGUGGCUGGAUCGAGGAAGAGGCCAUGAAGGACGACAAAGACAAGGCUUGAAGAGAGCUUGGCGUGUACUAGUAGUGUAUCAUCAUCAUCAAUAAUUCGUCAAUCAUUUCAUGUAGCAGGAAACGUGUCGUAGAAAGAAGCUUCUUAUUAUACAAAAGAACUACCCUACUCCUCCUCGCCUUCGAGUGCAUCGGGAAGCCUGAU